AUGGCUAGUUUCGUGCAUUCGAACACUGUUGAACAAGUUGUUUCGCGUAAGUUUGCUGUGAAGGAAUCUCCCAAGUAUCUGUUUUGGGCACUGAUCUACUUGGGAGCCGCUGCCUUCUUUUACGUGGAUUUAACGAAAUGGAAUUCGUGCCGAUGUCUUUUCCACGAUUUGGAAAGCGAAAGUUGGGGGAGUCAGGGAUGGCGUUACACUGAAUACGGGUUGCUUGCUGUAAUGCUGUUGCAUUGCUGUCUGAACACCUACAAGUUCAUUCGUCCUCGUUUGGGUUAUCCUGCACUGAAGCUCACCGAGAAGCAGAUGAACUUGCUUGGAAUCCAGAAAGGAGAAGCAGGAUUUGAUCUGUUAACACCGCAAGCCGAAUCUCCUCGGCAGACUCAGUCGCCAUCCAAACCUCGAUUGAUAUCGUCUUCUCCGAACGCGUCUGUUGGGAGUGGCUCUGUGACCCCGAUGAAUUUGUCUGCAGCCAGCUGGAUGUCCUCUGCAUCUUCAGGGACGCGUUCGUCUCCGUGGUCUUCUUUCUCCGUUUCGGAAAAUCGCCCAUCAUUUUAUUUGAGCGAUUCUUCCCCUGUUGCUCCUAGUUCCCCGAAAAGCGAGUCCGCGUUUGUAUCGCCGACGACUGAAUUUGAAGAAAGAAUGAAGAGGGAACGCGAAUCGAUGCGAAAGCGGGAUAUUUUUGAGCCUGCUGAGUUUAUUUCUUCAGGAACCGAGCUGACAAAAUUUUUGGAUAAGGAGCCGCAAUGGAAUACUACCGCUGGUUUUUUUAGCGCUGCGAGAAAUUCGAGUGAGUCAUUCAUGCAGAAGGCGGCGGAUCUCCAGGAAUCGACCCCUCCAAAACGGUACACGUACCAACUUGCCCCAACUUCUAGUUCGACUCCUGGAGCAACGGGUCUUGGUGAUGAGAAGACCUCGUCGGCGUCCAGUUUACACAUGGUCGUUUUUGCAAGGAGGAAAUUGGGAAUCAGUCCAGAGAAGCUGGAUAUUUGGUCUGAAAAUUUGAGAAAAUGGAUAUCGGAAACAGUCGUUAGACCUGUCAACAAGGAAAUCGAAGCAGUGAAUGAACAUUUGCAGGGACUUGGCUCAGGAGAUAGCGUUCGAAUCGGAGCCAUGAGCUUGAAUCAGAUUGCCGCUGUUUCAGUUUCUGGAAUUCCUGGAAUGCCAACAGGCUUUAUGGAUUAUUCGCAAUUGCACACAUUAAUCCCGUUCCUCGAGGCCCAUCACAAUCAGGCUUAUCUUAUCUUGAUGCAUUUAUUUGCGUCCUACUUCGACGUCCACUUGCCUCUGGUCACGUUCGAUUCUCCGCGGCCGUUUUCUUUCCGACAUUUUAUAAAAAAACCCGUCAGUGGGUGGCCAACGACGGUUCUCGAGGGUUCGUUCAAGGUCCAGACAAGCGUGGGAUCUGUUGUGCUUCCGGAGUCGCUGCGGGACAUUCCUGUGAUCUGCCAGGCUGAAAUCUCUCCCCCGCAUUUCGUGUUCGUCUUCAAGGGAGAAGUUUGCGAAGCAUCUAAGGGGCGCAAUAAUUUGCUGCAUACGAUCCUUCUGUUUCUACAUCACGUCAAAACUCAGAACAAGGGCAUGUUGGGCAGAGUCAAUCUGGGAUUGUCCGGUAUCAACGUCUUGUGGAUUCUGGAAUAA